AUGGCAGAGCCGCAGAACGAGGUGCUUUCAAACAUCAGGCAAUAUGCCAUGGACGCUCGCGAGCUGCAGGAUGAGCAGAUGGACGUUGACGCGUCUGACACCGAGACACGUCUGGAGCAGACAUUGAAGCAGCUGCAAGCCCAAGUCCAAGAACAACAGGCCGCGCUCGAGAAGCUCCGUGCCUCUUCGCAACUCAAUGUGUACCAAGCUGCAUAUGCUUCCCAGGAUCCACGUGAGAGGCUGAAGCAGCUGCGCGCCGUCAAAAACGCGUAUACAGAUCUCACACCUAUUACGCCAUUCCUUCCAAAGAAAGACUCGGUGCUUCCGGCACUGUUGGCCGCACGAACUCUACAACAGAACGUCCAAGGUACCAAGGAAGCAAUCGCUAGCACGCAAGACCAGAUCACGAAGACCGAGUCCGCGCUUCGUCGCGAAGAAGCUAAUCUACAUGAUGCAAACCUCAUCAAUAAAGCCAUGCAAGAUCGAAUCGAGAGACUACAAGCGCAACAGGCUGAUCGGACUCAGAAGACCCCCGCCCAGCUUGCAAAGGAGUUGAUUGAAACCAAGCGCGAGCAGAAGCGAGGCUAUGACAACCAGAUGAAGAGACUGGACGUUGCCUUCCAUGAGUUCAUCAGUGAAUACUUAGCCCCCAUGCUCGCGGCCGAGGAGCUUGGGGGGCCGGUUACAGGCGACAUGCCAGAAAUUGAGGAUGAGAUGCUAGCUGCAGGCUUCACGGCCAAGGGAAAAGCCAAGUCGACGAAGAAGCCAGUUCCCGAAUUGAAGAGGCAACGAACCAUUGACCAGAUCUGGGGCAAGAAAGCCGUAGUUGAUGAUGAACAGUUGACGGAAGCAGAGGCUGCGGAUCAUGAAAUGCGGAAGCUGAUUGAGGGACUCUUUGCAACGUUGAUGGGGCCAGGAGGUGGGAAAGCGUACUUCGAACUGGAGAGGGAUUCGGCCGCCUCAAGAUUCUUGGUGAGAGCAAAGAUUGCUCAAUUUCACCCCAAGGAUGCGAGAAAGUUGCGGUUGAUCGACUUUGGGAGAGAGCUGGAUGAUUAGUGCCUCUCAAUUCGACCAUUUGAAAAGUCGUCAAACUAUAGUAUAGUUACCACUCCCUAAGUCAA